UGACACUAGCACAGUCGUGUUAAGUUGUCCAACCCCUUCUCUCUCCUACACCCCCUUCAUCACCAACCUCUUUCCCAUCACCACCAUUAACCAUGAAGGCCGUAGUGAUCACAAGCCCCGGCGGCCCAGAAGUCCUGCAACUUCAAGAAGUCUCAGACCCAGAAAUCAGAGACGACGAAGUGUUGAUCAGAGUUGCGGCUACCGCCCUUAAUCGAGCCGAUACCCUUCAACGCAAAGGCUCAUACCCACCUCCCAAGGGUGCUAGUUCAUACCCAGGUCUUGAAUGUUCCGGAACCAUCGAAGCCGUCGGUAAAAAUGUCACUCGAUGGAAAAUCGGCGACGAGGUAUGUGCUCUUCUUAGUGGAGGAGGUUAUGCUGAGAAAGUAGCAGUACCAGCUGGACAAGUUCUUCCUGUUCCACCUGGUGUUUCUCUGAAAGAUGCCGCUAGUUUCCCUGAGGUGGCAUGCACUGUUUGGUCUACCGUGUUUAUGAUGAGCCGUCUAGCUACUGGAGAAACAUUCUUGAUACAUGGAGGCUCUAGCGGGAUUGGUACAUUUGCAAUUCAGAUGGCUAAAUACCUAGGAAUCAAAGUAUUCGUCACUGCAGGAAAUGAGGAAAAAUUGGCUGCUUGCAAGGAUCUUGGGGCCGAUGUUUGCAUCAAUUACAAGACUGAAGAUUUUGUUGCACGAGUGAAGGAAGAAACAGGGGGGAAAGGUGUUGAUGUUAUUCUCGAUAAUAUUGGGGCAGCAUAUUUUCAGCGGAAUCUUGACAGCCUAAAUAUUGGUGGGAGGCUUUUCAUUAUUGGCUUUAUGGGUGGAACGGUUACAGAAGCAAAUCUUGUAGGUUUGCUUGCAAGACGGCUCACAGUGCAGGCGGCUGGAUUGCGAAAUAGAAGUGCAGAGAACAAAGCUGAGAUUGUAACUGAUGUGGAGAAGAACGUUUGGGCGGCAAUACAGGCGGGCAAGGUAAAACCUGUGGUCUAUAAGUAUCUUCCGUUAGCUGAAGCAGCAGAGGCUCACCGGUUAAUGGAAAGUAGCAACCAUAUUGGAAAGAUACUCCUUGUUCCAUGACACUCCGGUUGGUCAUGUCUGAAGAGGAUGAUGUGAUUUUGAACCUUGUGUUAAGCAGGUGAUCAAGGACAGAUUAUGUUCUUUGUUAAUGUCUAUUACCUUGAGAACAAAAGGAAGUCACUUGUUGGACUGUUUUAUAUAUAAUCUGUUAAACUCUCUGUUCUUCCGAGUUAGUGAUAUUAUUAUAUGCUAGUGUUACUUGUGAUUAC